UAUAUACCCUGCAUUUCUGCCUUUUGAAAAUGCCUUACUCUUGCUUCAUUUGAUAAUUUCAUCACUCUUGCUUGCAUUCUUACAUCUGCUCAUCACCAGUAACACCAAAAGCAAACACAGCUACUUCGCUAGAAUGGGCGAGAGUAGAGGCAGCAUUGCCUUCUUUACGAGCUACAGACCACCGGUGGCACUGGACAUAUUCUGCUGUCCAGUUCCGCCAUCAUCCAAGCAGGAUGAGCUCCACCUGACGGACGGCUUGUCCUACAAUUACAACUGCCGACCCAUUCCACCAGCGGCUCUCAAGACGAUCAUCAAGCGCCUGAGACUGGCUCCUGAAGCCGUCAUAGAUGACGAUGUUGAUUCUGGCCAUCUUACUGGUCUGGUCUUUGUUUCUGAAAGAGAGCACAGCUUGGAAACACUUCAUGUAGCCCUUCGCUUUGUUGCCAACAAUGAAGUCAAGAUCUUUAGCUUGGCAGACAUCUAUGGCUCCGACUUAUUCAGUGGUGCUCGUUUGGAGGACAAUGGCUGCAUUGCUGGUGGCUACGAGGUGGAUGGGUCUACAAAUGACCAUUACCUUGUCUAUGUAUCCACCAAGGAGCCAGUCCAAGAACGCCGCAGCCCCUGGAAUGUUGUUUACAAAACCAACCUUAGAACCAGUGAAACUGAGCAUCUCACCCCACCAGGAACUUUUGACCUAAGUCCUUCUGUGUCCCCAUCUGGGAAGAAGAUCGCUGUGGCUUCAUUCCAAGGGAAGACAUGGGAUGGCGAGAUUAAGGAUCUGAAGACCAACAUCUACUUGACGAGCUUAGAGAAUCCACCUCUGGAGCGAAGGCGAGUGAUAGAAAAUGGUGGCUGGCCAUCAUGGGGCAGCGAAAAUGUCAUAUUUUUUCAUAGGAAGGUUGGGGACAUUUGGGGAGUGUUUCGGUACAACCUGAGCACUGGUGAAACAGUCCGGGUAACCCCGGAGGCAUUCGAUGCAGUGACUCCGGCAGCUAUUGAUGAGACCAGAGUAGCAGUUGCAACCAUCCGGCAGAAGUCCGAGUUCACUGAUGUUCGCAACGAAGCCCAGUACCGGCACAUUGAGAUCUUCGACACGAGUGCACAGGAACAACCGUUGCAAAUAACUCAGAACACCAGGGCAAAAGCCGACCAUUUCAACCCCUUCGUGAUGGACGGUGGCAAGUACAUAUUAUCAUCGUUGCAAAAGCGACCUUCUCAAGCAUGGAGAUGAUGUGCCGAGACAUUUUCAUAAGGUGCAGUCGCCACACGAAGAUGUUGGAGUGUUUAGGGUGUCUGGUGUGUUCCCAACGUUUUCAAAAGAUGGCUCUAAGCUUGCAUUCGUUGAUAACGAGUUCAAAGCC